GGAUUUGAGGAAGAAGUUGAGAGGUUAGUUGGUGCUGCCUGCAAACGCCCAGUGCAUUCUGAUCAAUUACUUUUUUUGUUUCGGCGCACAGAAUAUCAGAGGACAUGGAUCGUAUGGAUGAAAUUACAUUUGAAACGACGAAGGAUGAGGAGCUUGCUUCCAGCUCUAUGACCAGCAAAGUGGACCUGAAGGAGGCAUUGAGUGAAAGUUUCAAGGCGCUGAAUCUUUUCCUGAACAACAACUUUUUCGGGGCACUUGAGCUCCUCAAACCAUGCAGGAGGAAGGACAGCGUGUAUCAUGCCAUGGGGUACAGCAGCAUCAUGACUAUGCAGGCUGGGAUGACCUUUGCCCCCAAGGACAUCGAGACAGCCAUAGACGCUCUGGAGGAGGCGAUUGUUACAUGCCAGAGGUUCAGAAGAAAGGUGACGUUUGUGGAGGCCAUUUCGAACAUGAUUACAGGGAGAACCGUAGAGCAGAUGACUGAAGAUGAAAGGCAUGCAGAGCUGUGCUAUGCUGAAGUUCUUCUCCUGAGAGCUACAUUGGCAUUUCUGGAAGAUGAGAGUGUGAUCGGCUUCUUGAAAGGAGGAAUGAAGAUGCGAGCGAGCUAUCAAGCGUUUAGACAUUGCCAGGAUAUGUUGAACGCGUACAAAACUCAGACAGAAGGACAGAAGACAGAAAGUGAGACGUUCAAGAAUUUCGCUGGAGGAGUGAACAUGGGCAUUGGCUCCUUCAACUUGAUGCUUUCCCUUUUCCCUACCAGAGUCCUUCGAUUGCUCGAGUUCCUGGGCUUUGCUGGCGACAGAGAAGUGGGGUUGUCGGAGCUGCGCGAAGGUGCCGCCACGGGGAGCCUGCGCUCCAUCCUCAGCACCCUCACUCUCCUCAUGUUUCACCUCUACGUCUCUGUUAUCCUAGGUACAGGUGAGGGGAAUGUGGCUGAGGCAGAAACCCUGCUGGCACCAUAUGUUGCAGAGUUUCCCAACGGGGCCCUUAUGCUGUUCUACACUGCUAGAAUUGCAGAACUCAAAGGGAACUUUGAAAUGGCACAGCAGAAGUUUGGCGAGUGCAUUGCUGCCCAGCAAGAAUGGCACCAAGUGCAUCACCUGUGCUACUGGGAGCUGAUGUGGUGCUACUCGUUUCAGCAGAACUGGACAGAGGCUUACCGCUAUGCAGACCUGCUCUGUAAAGAGAGCAAGUGGUCACAGGCCAUUUACGUGUUCCAGAAGGCAUCCAUUUUGUCCAUGAUGACUGAGGAGGAAGCAAAGGCAACUGGCGAGCAGGUUGAAGACCUGUUUAGGUCGGUAGAAGGUCUCCGACUGAGGCUUGCUGGCAAGUCUAUACCUACCGAGAAGUUUGCAGCGAGGAAAGCAAGACGUUACAGUGAUCCCAAGCCAUCCAAGUUGGUUAUUCCAGCACUGGAAAUGAUGUACGUGUGGAAUGGCUUUUCCAUUGUGGGGAAGAGCCCUGUCAUGGCUGAAGCCAUUCUCAGCACAAUCCUGAAAGCAGAGGACCAACUGGCCAAUGAUCCAAAGCCUUCAGAGUACCAUACUGACGACCAGUGCGUUGUGCAAAUGCUGAAGGGCCUGACCUUAAGGCAUCUUGGCCGCCUGACGGAGGCUGAGGCUUGCUUCAAUUACGUCAUUUCAAAUGAGAAGAACAUUAAAUACGACGACUACCUUGCACCGUUUGUCACAUACGAGCUGGGACUCCUCUACAACCUGCAAGGAGAUGCUAAGAAAGCAGUCAAGUGCAUCGAAAACGCAAAGCUGAAUUACAAGGAGUACUCUAUGGAAUCGAGGUUGCACUUCCGCAUCCACGCAGCCCUGUCUAGCAUACAGCAUUGAGAUGAAAUCGCCACUGAACAGAUGUUUGUCCUUCUCACGAUGUCAUCGCAAUGCAGGCAAUGGCAAUAUAUGUCUUUAAAUCAACUUGUUGUUAUUAAUCCAUGUGUUAUUUUAUUUGAUAUGGAUAUGAAAUCCUUCGUCUUGAAUGAAUGUGUUGUAUGUAAUAUAAUUUAAUGUUGAAAAUUCUCUUGUUAAUAAAUUCAUCCUCAAACUUGUUGAAUGAAAAA